CGGCAGUCAGUGGUGGCUUCCAGAGUCUGAGCAGGCUCCUUCACAGCCAUGGCUGAGGGCGGAGAAGGGGAAGACGAGAUCCAGUUCUUGAGAACUGAUGACGAGGUGGUGCUUCAGUGUGUGGCCACCAUCCAGAAGGAGCAUCGCAAGUUCUGCCUGGCCGCCGAGGGACUCGGAAACCGCGUGUGUUACCUGGAAUCCACAUCUGAUGCUAAGUAUGUUCCUCCAGACUUGUGUGUUUGUAACUUUGUGUUGGAGCAGUCCCUGUCGGUGCGGGCCCUGCAGGAGAUGCUGGCUAAAACUGGGCAGAACAGCGAAGGGGCGGGUCAGGGGGGUGGACACCGGACCCUGCUCUACGGUCAUGCCAUCCUCCUUCGCCACUCGUUUAGUGAUAUGUACCUGACCUGUUUGAAGACAUCGAGGUCUCUGACAGACAAGCUGUCAUUUGAUGUCGGACUACAAGAAGAUUCAAUAGGAGAGGCCUGCUGGUGGACCAUUCACCCUGCGUCCAAGCAGAGAUCUGAGGGAGAGAAAGUCCGCAUUGGAGAUGACCUGAUCCUAGUCAGUGUGUCGACAGAGAGAUACCUGCAUCUCUCUAUCUCCAAUGGCAACAUCCAGGUGGAUGCGUCCUUCAUGCAGACCCUGUGGAACGUCCAGCCUACCUGCUCUUCAGGCAACAUGGCUGUAGGGUAUUUGACGGGUGGACAUGUGAUGCGUCUUUGUCAUGGGCAUGAUGAGAGCUUGACCAUCCCUGGAGCAGAUAAGAAUGAGGAGGAGCAGAGGAUAGUCAACUAUGAAGCGGGUAAGGGAGCAUCAAGGGCCCGCUCACUUUGGAGACUGGAGCCUCUCAGGAUCAGCUGGAGCGGUAGCCACAUCCGUUGGGGUCAGGCCUUCCGAAUACGCCACCUCUCUACUGGCCAUUACCUGGCCCUGACUGAGGACCGCGGACUGGUCCUGCAGGACAGGGAGAAGUCCGACACCAAGGCUACCGCUUUUUGCUUCAGGCCCUCCAAGGAAAAGAGUGAUUCAGGCCCAAAGAGGGACAUUGACGGCAUGGGAGUGCCAGAGAUCAAGUACGGGGACUCUGUGUGCUUCGUCAUGCACGUCGCGACAGGACUGUGGCUGUCUUACCUGGCGCCUGAUGCCAAAUCAUCUCGCCUAGGACCUCUGAAAAGAAGGGCCUGCCUGCAUUCUGAGGGCCACAUGGAUGAUGGGCUUAUCCUGCAGCGCUGUCAGCAUGAGGAGUCUCGGGCUGCUCGCAUCAUCCGCAACACCACGUUCCUCUUCACCAACUUUAUAAAGGCUUUGGACAGCAUUGGCGAGGGCGAGUCCUCAGCAGUGGCUGGGUACGUUGAAGAGGUGCUGCAGACGCUGAACGACUUGAUCGAGUACUUCAAACAGCCAGAUUCGGAGCUUGAGCACGAGGAGAAACAGUCUCUCCUCCGUUCACUCAUCAAACGUCAAGACCUCUUCAAAGAGGAGGGCAUGCUGGCCCUCCUGUCCAAAUGCAUCGACCGGAUGAACCUGUACAACAGCGCUGCCCACUUCGGAGAGGUAGCUGGGGAGGAGGCGGGAGCAGCGUGGAAGGACAUUCUCAACCUCCUCUAUGAACUCUUGGCUGCACUGAUUCGUGGGAACAGGAACAACUGCACCCAGUUUUCCCGCAAAUUGGACUGGUUGGUCAGCAAACUGGAGAGACUGGAAUCUUCAUCAGGAAUCCUGGAAGUCCUCCACUGUAUCUUGAUAGAAAGUCCAGAGGCUCUGCACAUCAUUCAGAAAGCUCACAUUAAAUCCAUAAUCUCUCUGCUCUAUAAACACGGACGCAACCACAAGAUUCUGGAUGUCCUGUGUUCCCUCUGUGUUUGUAAUGGGGUGGCAGUGAGAGCCAAUCAGAAUCUGAUCUGUGACAACCUGCUUCCCAAGAGGGACCUGCUGCUUCAGACUCGACUGGUCAAUGAUGUUCAGAGCAUGCGGCCAAACAUCUUCCUGGGCGUGGCUGAAGGUUCAGCUCAGUAUAAGAAGUGGUAUUUUGAGCUUGUGAUCGACCAGGUAGACCACUUUGUAACUGGCGAGCCGACCCAUCUGAGGGUCGGCUGGGCCAACACCCAAGGCUACGCUCCGUACCCCGGUGGAGGAGAGGGAUGGGGUGGCAACGGUGUCGGUGAUGACCUGUACUCUUACAGCUUUGAUGGACUUCAUCUCUGGUCAGGCCGAAUCCCGAGGGCCGUGGCCUCCAUUAACCAGCACCUGCUGAACUCAGACGAUGUGGUCAGCUGCUGUCUGGAUUUGGGCGCUCCCAGCAUGUCCUUCAGGAUCAACGGGCAGCCUGUCCAGGGCAUGUUCGAGGACUUCAACACCGAAGGAUUCUUCUUCCCCGUUGUCAGCUUCUCUGCAGGUGUCAAGGUCCGUUUCCUGUUGGGCGGACGCCACGGAGAUUUCAAGUUCCUGCCUCCCGCUGGUUACUCACCGUGCUACGAGGCACUGUUGCCCAAAGAGAAGAUGCAUGUAGAGGCCGUGAAGGAGUACAAGAGGGACCAUGAGGGGGUUCGUGACCUGCUGGGAACCACCAAGUUCCUCUCUCAGGCCUCCUUCAUCCCCACUCCUGUUGACACCAGCCAGAUUGUUCUUCCCCCUCACCUGGACAACGUCCGGGACAAGCUGGCAGAAAACAUCCACGAACUGUGGGGGAUGAACAAGAUCGAACUGGGCUGGACGUAUGGCAAGGUUCGGGAUGACAACAAGAGGCAGCACCCUUGCCUUGUGGAUUUCGCCAAGCUGCCUGAAACUGAAAGGAACUACAACGUGCAGAUGUCUAGUGAAACACUUAAGACCCUGUUGGCUCUUGGAUGCCAUGUUGCCCAGGUCAAUGUUCACGCUGAGGACGAUCUGAAGAAAAUUAAACUUCCCAAAGACUACGUGAUGUCUAAUGGUUAUAAGCCUGCGCCACUGGAACUCUCUGACGUGAAGCUGAAUGCAGGUCAGGAGGUUCUAGUUGAUAAACUGGCCGAGAAUGCACAUAACGUGUGGGCCAAAGACAGAAUUAAACAAGGAUGGACCUAUGGCAUCCAGCAGGAUUUGAAGAGCAGGCGUAAUCCCCGCCUGGUGCCAUAUGCUUUACUUGACGAGCGCACAAAGAAGUCUAACAGAGACAGUCUGAGAGAGGCCAUCAGGACCAUGGUUGGAUAUGGAUAUGACAUCGACCCCCCAGACCAGGAGGGUGUCCAUGUGGUGGACGAUCAGAGCAUCGAGACCAUCCGCUUCUUCCGCGUGGAGCAGACAUAUGCAGUGAAGACAGGAAAGUGGUACUUUGAGUUUGAGGCCCUGAGUGGAGGAGAUAUGAGGGUCGGCUGGGCCAGACCAGGCUGCAGGCCUGAUGUGGAACUGGGGACGGAUGACCAGGCUUUCGUCUUUGAUGGAUUCAGGGGUCAACGUAUGCAUGCAGGCAGCCGCUACUUCGGACACCCUUGGAAAAAGGGUGACGUGGUCGGUUGCAUGAUCAACAUGGAGGACAAAUCCAUGAUUUUCACCCUGAACGGCGAGCUCUUGAUCACCAGCAAGGGCUCUGAGCUUUGCUUUGCUGACUUUGAGGCCGAGGACGGUUUCAUCCCUGUGUGCAGUCUGGGCAUGUCUCAGACUGGACACAUGAACCUGGGCAAGGACGCCAGCACUUUUAAGUACUACACCAUGUGUGGUCUCCAGGAAGGCUUCGAGCCCUUCGGCGUCAACAUGAACAGAGAGAUCACCAUGUGGUUCAGCAAGCGCCUUCCCACCUUUGUCAACAUACCCGAAGACCACAUGCAUAUUGAGGUGACGAGGAUCGAUGGAACAGUAGACAGCCCUCCCUGCCUCAAGGUCACCCACAAGACGUUUGGCACACAGAACAGCAACAAUGACAUGACUUACUGUAGACUGAGCAUGCCCGUGGAGUUCUACUCCACAGACAAGAUACUGGAUGAGUCACUGAAACUCAGCCAACCUCCAAAAGAAGAUGGAAGUGUUGACUAUGGAAGCAUCACAACUUACUACCACUCAGUGAGAGUAUUUGCUGGACAGGACCCUGCGUCAGUGUGGGUGGGCUGGGUCACGCCGGACUUUCAUUACUACAGCAAGAACUUUUGCCUCAGCAAGAUGCGAACAGUCACCGUCACCCUGGGAGACGAGAGGGGCCGGGUCCAUGAGAGCGUCCAGAGGAGCAACUGCUACAUGGUGUGUGGAGCUGACGCAGCCGGGCCGACUUCCUCCAGCCACUCCAACUCUGACCUGGAGAUCGGCUGUCUGAUCGACCUGGCCACUGGCCUUGUGUCCUUCACUGCCAAUGGCAAGGAGAUGUCCACAACUUAUCAGGUGGAGCCAAAUACCAAGCUGUUCCCAGCUGUGUUUGUACGCCCCACCAGUGCAAACCUCUUCCAGUUUGAAUUUGUCAAGAUCAAGGAUGCGAUGCCGCUCUCGUCUGCCAUCUUUAAGAGCGAGCACAGGAACCCGGUGCCACAGUGCCCGCCACGACUGGACGUGCAAACCAUCGUGGCCGUGUUGUGGAGCCGGAUGCCAAACACCUUCCUCAACGUGGAGACUGCUCGGGUCAGCGAGAGGCACGGCUGGGUGGUGCAGUGUCUGGAACCACUGCAGAUGUUGGCUGUGCAUAUACCUGAGGAGAACAGGUGUUUGGACAUCAUGGAGUUAUCAGAGCAUGAAGACCUGAGGAAGUUCCACUACCACACACUGAAGCUGUACUGUGCCCUCUGUGCCCUGGGAAACACACGUGUUGGCCAUGCCCUCUGCAGCCAUUUGGACCAAUCACAGCUCCUCUACACCAUCGACAACCAGUACCUCUCUGGCAUGCUGAGAGAGGGCUUCUACAAUGUCCUCAUCAGCAUCCAUCUUGAGACUGCAAAGGAGGCUCGCCUAAUGAUGAACAACGAGUUCAUCAUCCCUGUGACGGAGGAGACUCGCUCCAUCAAGCUGUUCCCUGAUGAGUCUAAGCGGCACUCGCUGCCCGGCGUGGGCCUGAGCACCUCCCUCAAACCUCGGGUCAACUUCUCUGCUGUGGGCAUCAUCGGCACAAAGCGGCAGCAGUACCUCUACAGCCCCCAGAUCCCUCUGGGCAUUCUGAAGGAGAAAGCCAUCAGCAUGCUCACUGAGGCCGUGCAGGGCGGAGGCACGCACAUCCGAGACCCGGUAGGCGGCAGCGUGGAGUACCAGUUUGUCCCCAUCCUGAAGCUGAUUGGAACGCUGUUAAUCAUGGGAGUCCUAACCAGUGAGGAGGUGAGGCUGAUUCUCCUCCUGAUUGACCCCAACGUGUUCGGAGAGGCCAAGGAAGGCGAGGAAGCCAAGGGAGAUGAAGUGGCCGUGGCGGGGGAGAAGGAGGAAGUGAGCAAGAACGAGGAAAAGGCUGUGGAGGCCGGAGAGGAGGAGACAAAGGAGAGUAAAAUGCCUGCUAAAGGUCUGCUGGAGAAGUCGCUGCCCGAGUCUGUCAAACGCCAGAUGUGUGAGCUGCUGCACUACUUCUGCGACUGUGAGCUCAAGCACCGCAUCGAGUCCAUUGUCUCCUUUUCCGACAACUUCGUGUCCAAGCUGCAGUUCAACCAGAAGUUCCGCUACAACGAGCUGAUGCUGGCGCUCAACAUGUCAGCCGCCGUCACCGCCAAGAAGACUAAAGAGUUCCGUUCACCCCCACAGGAGCAGAUCAACAUCCUGUUGAAUUUCAGUGCAGGAGAGGACUGCCCCUGUCCUGAGGACAUCCAGGAGGAACUCAACUCCUUCCAUGAAGAAUUGCGACUGCACUGCGGAAUUCCUGUGGAGGAGGAAGAAGAAGAGCAGGACACUUCAAUAAAAGGCCGUCUCCUCGCUUUACUGUACAAGAUCAAAGGUCCACCUCAGAAGACCGAGGAGGAACCCACAGAGAAGGAACAGGCUGCUCCCACCAACCUGAAGGAGCUGAUCUCCCAGACCAUAACCAGCUGGGCCCAGGAGUCUCACAUCCAGGACCCAGAGCUGGUUAGAGUGAUGUUCAGCCUGCUCAGGAGGCAGUAUGACGGCAUCGGAGAGCUGCUCCGGGCCAUGAAGAAAUCCUACACCAUCAGCGCCGCAUCCGUGCAGGAUGCCAUUAACCUGUUGGCAUCACUGGGUCAAAUCAGGUCUCUGCUGUCAGUCCGAAUGGGCAAGGAGGAGGAGAAACUCAUGAUUGAUGGACUCGGAGACAUCAUGAAUAACAAGGUCUUCUAUCAACAUCCCAACCUGAUGAGAGUGCUGGGCAUGCACGAGACUGUCAUGGAGGUCAUGGUCAAUGUGCUGGGAGGAGACAAGUCACAGGAGAUUGCCUUCCCCAAGAUGGUGGCCAGCUGUUGUCGUUUCCUGUGCUACUUCUGUCGUAUCAGCCGCCAGAACCAGAAAGCCAUGUUUGACCACUUGAGCUACCUGCUGGAGAAUAGCAGUGUCGGGCUGGCCUCUGAAGCUAUGCGGGGCUCCACUCCGCUGGAUGUUGCAGCAUCUUCAGUGAUGGACAACAACGGCCUGGCUCUGGCUCUGGAGGAGCCUGAUCUAGAGAAGGUGGUGACAUACCUGGCAGGCUGUGGUCUUCAGAGUUGUGCUAUUCUGGUUGCAAAGGGUUAUCCAGACCUCGGCUGGAACCCUAUCGAGGGAGAGCGUUACCUGUCUUUCCUGAGGUUCGUCGUCUUCUGCAAUGGUGAGAGUGUGGAAGAAAAUGCCAAUGUGGUGGUCAAGCUGCUGAUUAGACGUCCAGAGUGUUUCGGCCCUGCCCUGAGGGGAGAGGGUGGUCAGGGUCUGCUGGCCGCCAUGAAGGAGGCCAUCAAGAUAUCUGAAGAUCCUGCCCUGGAUCUACCCAGUACCCCAGCUGUGGUCAAUACUGGGUCUGGUGAGGAAGAAGGAGAAGUCAUUCACAUGGGCAACGCCAUCAUGUCCUUCUACUCAGCUCUUAUUGACCUGUUGGGCCGCUGCGCUCCAGAGAUGCAUCUUAUCAAUGCAGGUAAAGGAGAGGCGCUGCGUAUCCGAGCCAUCCUGCGCUCUCUGGUUCCCACGACAGACCUGGUGGGCAUCAUCAGCAUCCCCCUCAAAAUGCCUGUGCUCAAUAAAGAUGGCACAGUGACAGAACCCGACAUGUCAGCCUCUUUCUGUCCGGACCACAAGGCCCCCAUGGUGCUCUUCCUGGAAAGAGUCUACGGCAUUGAGGACCAGAGCUUCUUGCUUCAGAUGUUGGAGGUUGGCUUCCUGCCUGACCUCCAAGCAUCUGCGUCUAUUGAUACGGAGCUGUUGAGCACCACUGAGACAGCACUGGCCAUGAACAGAUACAUCGGCUCAGCCCUGUUGCCUCUGCUCACUCGCUGCGCCGCUCUCUUUAGCAACACAGAGCACUACGCACAGCUGAUUGACUCCACACUGCAGACUAUCUACAGGCUGUCCAAAGGACGCUCACUCACCAAGGCCCAGAGAGACGCCAUCGAGGAGUGUCUGCUGGCUAUCUGCAAGCACCUGCGUCCCUCUAUGAUGCAGCAGCUGCUCAGACGGCUGGUGUUCGACGUUCCCAUGCUCAAUGAAUACUGCAAGAUACCUAUCCGGCUCCUGACCAACCACUAUGAGCAGAACUGGAAGUAUUACUGCCUGCCUUCUGGUAUGGGCAGCUACGGCACAGCCUCCGAGGAGGAGCUCCUUCUAACCAAGAAACUCUUCUGGGGAAUCUUUGACUCUGUUGCUCAGAAGAAGUACGAUCCUGACCUUUUCAAGAUGGCUAUGUCAUGCCUGUGUGCCAUUGCUGGAGCCUUGCCUCCAGACUUUAUUGAUGCCACUCUUGGAGCAACACUGGAGAAACAGACAUUAGUGGAUGCACAGGGCAACUUUGAUCCCAAACCCAUCAACACUGCCAAUAUCUCCCUUCCUGAAAAACUUGAGUACAUUGCCAACAAAUAUGCAGAGCAUUCCCAUGACAAGUGGUCCUCAGAGAAGGUGUCAGCAGGUUGGAAACAUGGAGACAGCUUGGAUGAGCAGGCCAAAACUCAUCCACUGCUGAAGCCUUACAAAGGGCUGAGUGAAAAGGAGAGAGAAACAUACCGCUGGCCAGUGAGGGAGUCUCUGAAGAGCAUGCUAUCUAUGGGCUGGAACAUUGAGAGGACCAAGGAGGGAGAAGCCAUGUUCCAGCAACGAGAGAGUGAAAAACAACGAAAGACCUCUGAGUCUCAGAGUAAUGGAUUCAGUCCUGCUCCAAUGGAUUUACACAAUGUCACAUUGUCGAGAGAGUUACAGGGCAUGGUGGAGGUGGUUGCAGAAAACUACCACAACAUCUGGGCCAAGAAGAAGAAGACUGAACUCGUCAGCAAAGGAGGAGGGACCCACCCGCUGCUGGUUCCCUAUGAUACCCUGACUGCUAAGGAGAAGUACAGAGACAGAGAGAAGGCCCAGGAGCUCUUCAAGUUUCUGCAAAUCAGCGGCUACACCAUCAUAAGAGGUCUGAAGGACAUGGAGCAGGACUCAUCAUCCAUGGAGAAACGUUUUUCCUACAAGUUCCUCAAAAGGCUGCUGAAGUACGUCGACUCUGCCCAGGAGUUCAUCGCUCAUCUUGAGGCUAUGGCCACCAGUGGGAAGACAGACAAAUCACCUCAUGACCAGGAAAUCAAGUUCUUUGCUAAGGUGUUGCUUCCUGUGAUAGAUCAAACUUUUAAGAACCACCAUCUCUACUUCCUGUCCACACCCAGCAAGAACCUGAGCAGUUGUGGCUGUGCCUCCAACAAAGAGAAGGAGAUGGUCACCAGCUUGUUCUGUAAGCUGGCAGCUCUUGUCAGACACAGGAUUUCUCUCUUUGGAAGUGACUCUGCCAUGAUGGUGAGCUGUCUGCACAUCCUCACCCACUCACUUGACACAAGAACGGUGAUGAAAUCCGGCUCAGAGCUGGUCAAAGCCGGGGUUCGGACUUUCUUUGAGAACGCGGCGGAGGACCUGGAGAAGCUGCUGGAGAUGCUUAAACUGGGGAAGUUCAUGCAGUCCCGUGCCCAGAUGAAGAGCGUCACCCAGAGCAUCAACUAUGUGACCGUGGCACUGCUGCCCAUCCUCACCGCCCUGUUUGAGCACAUCACAACAUAUGGGUUUGGAGUGGACCUUCUGUUGGAUGAUGUCCAGCUGUCCUGCUACAGAUUCCUUACCUGUUUGUACUCUCUGGGAACAGGAAAGAACAUCUUUGUGGAAAGGCAUCUUCCAGCAAUAGGGGAGAGCCUGGCAACUCUGGUGGCAGCCAUGCCUGUGGCGUUCCUGGAGCCCCACUUAAACGCCCACAACCCACUCUCUGUCUUCAACACCAAGACCCCAAGAGAGAGAGCCAUCCUGAGUAUGCCGGACACAGUGGAGGAGAUGUGUCCGGAGUUGCCGCGCCUUGACAGACUGCUGAAAGAUGUCAGCGAUGUGUCAGAGUCUGGUGCUCGCUACAGUGAAAUGCCUCAGGUCAUUGAGGUGAUCCUCCCCAUGCUUUGUAACUAUCUGUCCUACUGGUGGGAGAAAGGUCCGGAGAAUUCACCUCCAGAUGCCCACUGCUGCACUAUGGUGACUUCUGAACACCUCAGCAUCAUCCUGGGAAACAUCCUCAAGAUCCUCAACAACAACCUGGGCAUCGAUGACGCCCCCUGGAUGAAAAGGAUUGCAGUCUACUCUCAGCCAAUCAUCUGCAAGGCUGGAGCAGAUCUGCUGAGAACCCACUUCCUGCCGACACUGGACAAACUGAAGAAGAAGACAGUGAAGGUUGUGGCUGAAGAGGAGCUGCUGAAGGCAGACGGUAAAAGUGACAACCAGGAGGCCGAGCUACAAAUCCUAGAUGAGUUUGCUGUGCUCUGCAGAGACCUCUACGCCUUCUACCCCAUGCUUAUCCGUUAUGUGGACAACAACAGGUCCAGGUGGCUGAAGGAGCCCGAUGCAAACUCUACUCAGCUCUUCAGGAUGGUGGCUGAGAUCUUCAUCCUCUGGUGCAAGUCCCACAACUUUAAGCGUGAGGAGCAAAACUUUGUGGUUCAGAAUGAGAUCAACAACUUGGGCUUCCUGACCGGUGAGGGCAAGGCGAAGAUGUCCAAGUCAGGGGGGGACCAGGAGAGGAAACACAAGCGCCGUCGAGGCGAGUAUUACUCCAUCCAGACCUCCCUGAUCGUAGCUGCCCUGAAAAAGAUGCUGCCCAUCGGCCUCAACAUGUGCACCCCAGGAGACCAGGAGCUCAUCUCCCUUGCCAAGAUACGCUACAGUCUGAAAGACACAGAUGAUGAGGUGAAGGAGCACUUGCGUCAAAAUUUCCACCUCCAGGACAAGUCUGACGACCCAGCUGUCCAGUGGCAGCUGAACCUUUACAAAGACGUGGUGGUGAAGAGUGAGGAACCCGCAAAUGUAGAACACUCAGUGGACAGAGUGCAGUGCAUCUCAGCUGCAGUCUUCCACCUGGAGCAGGUGGAGCAGCCUCUGAGAAAUAAAAAGUUGGUGUGGCAUAAGCUGCUCUCCAAACAGCGCAAGCGUGCGGUUGUGGCUUGUUUCCGCAUGGCUCCACUCUACAAUCUACCCAGGCAUCGCGCUAUCAACUUCUUCAUCCCGGCCUAUCAGAGACUUUGGAUAGAGGCAGAGGAGUACUCCUUUGAGGAGAAGCUAGUUCAGGAUCUGGCAAAAACCCCGAUGAAAAUUGUGGAGGAGGAGGAAGAGGAGGUGGCUGAGAUCCAGCCAGACCCUCUCCACCAACUCAUCCUCCACUUCAGCCACAACGCUCUGACAGAAAGAAGUUGCUUGGAAGAGGAUCCUUUGUAUAUUGCGUAUGCAGACAUGAUGGCAAAGAGCUGUGCAGAGGAUGAGGAGGAAGAAGAGGAGGAAGGGAAAGAAAAGACUUUUGAGGAAAAGGAGAUGGAAAAGCAGAAGAUCCUGUAUCAGCAGGCGAGGCUGCACGCCCGUGGGGCCGCCGAGAUGGUGCUGCAAAUGAUCAGUGCGAGUAAAGGUCGUCUGGGCCCCAUGGUGACCUGCACCCUCAAACUGGGAAUCGCCAUCUUAAAUGGAGGCAAUGUGCAAGUUCAGCAGAAAAUGCUUGAUUACCUGAAAGAGAAAAGAGAUGCAGGCUUUUUCAAGAGUCUCUCAGGACUGAUGCAGUCUUGCAGUGUCUUGGACUUGAAUGCAUUUGAGAGGCAGAACAAAGCAGAAGGACUUGGCAUGGUGACAGAGGAAGGCUCAAGUUCCAAGGUGCUACAGAAUGAUGAGUUUACUAAAGAUCUGUUCCGGUUUUUGCAACUUCUGUGCGAGGGGCACAAUGGAGAUUUCCAGAAUUUCCUGAGAACCCAAACUGGAAACACAACCACAGUCAACAUCAUUAUCAGCACUGUGGACUAUCUGCUACGGCUUCAGGAAUCUAUCAGUGACUUCUACUGGUAUUACUCCGGCAAAGAAGUCAUUGAUGAGACUGGAAAAGUCAACUUCUCCAAAGCUUUAGACGUUGCCAAGCAGAUAUUCAACUCACUGACUGAGUAUAUUCAGGGCCCGUGUAUUGGGAACCAGCAGAGUUUAGCUCACAGCAGACUGUGGGAUGCAGUUGUAGGCUUCUUGCAUGUAUUUGCCAACAUGCAAAUGAAGCUGUCUCAGGAUGCCAGUCAGAUUGAGCUGUUGAAGGAGCUGAUGGAUUUACAGAAGGACAUGGUUGGGACCUAA